GGGAUGAAGCAACUGUGCUGUUCCUGUCUGUUGUGGCUUGGACUCCUACUGGCUCCUUUCUCCCUGGAACAAGAGGUCUCCAUACCCAGGAAGCUGUGCGGCAGGCACCUGCUGAUAGAAGUUAUAAAACUCUGUGGCCAAAGUGACUGGAGCCGGUUCGAGAUGGAGGAGCAAACUCCUAUGACACAGUUCGCUCCCCAGUACUCAAGGAAGGUCAAAACCUUUAACCCUCACCGCUCUUCCUCUGCCUGGGGAAGAUUCACAAACCCAGUCCCUGCAGGUGCCUCCCAGGAGAAAGCAACACACACUUGGGAACCUCAGCCACUGCCCGACUAUCAGUUUGAGAAGGCGGAGUUGCUUCCUAAGACAAGAGUGUUCUCAUACCACAGGGGCAAGCCCUAUGCUAAGAGUGUAAAACUUCAGAAGAGAAGCACAAACAAAAUGAAUACCUUCAGCAGUUUACACUGGGGGAAUCAUCCCCAAAGGAAACGCAGAGGUUUCGCAGAUAAAUGCUGUGUUAUGGGAUGCACCAAAGAAGAACUGGCCGUUGCGUGUCUCCCAUUUGUUGAUUUUUAAGCCUUAACGAAUAAACAAACAUCACUGUACAAACUGUCGUAGAAACUAUGCUCACUUAAUAAAAGCUUACUAAAUCUAA